AUGAACACAUAUGGUGCUCCUGCAAAUGGAAAGCUAUUGCAGGGACAGCUAAAAUACCUGUCCUCUACCACUUAUCGUUUCCUACAUGGGGAAUCCAGAAGGAUACCUGAGGGUGAGCUUGAGAGGAAUGGUCAUGGAAUCUACAUCAGCAUCAACAGAACUACCCAUGUUGGCAGCUGGAAAAAUGGCAAGGUUCUUCUUCCACCUGGGAAUCUUGUGACAGCCCAGUCUGAAGAUUCGAGACACUUGGCGUCUUCAGAUGUCUUGCUGACUCCUGAGGCUCCUGCAAAUACACUGGUCAUUCUGGCAGGCAGAUCAAAGGCUAGAAGGCUGGAAUAUCCUUCUAGGACAGUUUAUGAAGGUGAAUUCAAAGGCAACAUUUUUCAUGGGGUUGGAACCUACACAUUUCCAAUUGGAGUAAAAUACAUUAGUUACCAUUUAAAGAUAGCUCCUAAAAUGCAAAGGGACUGCCUUUAG